UCAGGUUUUUUAAAUUGCGGUAAAUUGUCGAAAACUAUUGGGGAUCUCGAGAAAUACGCGUGAAGUGCCUCGCGCACGCGCAUCAGCCUCUCGACCGCCAUUUCCGGCCAAGUGCGUUUCCUUCUCUUUCUGAAAACAUCGAAGAUGGUAAACGUACCAAAGCAGAGGCGCACCUUCUGCAAGAAGUGUAAGGUACACAAACCGCACAAGGUAACUCAGUACAAGAAAAGCAAGGAAAGGCAUGCCUCUCAGGGUCGUAGGCGUUACGACCGUAAGCAGCAAGGUUUCGGUGGCCAGACGAAACCUAUUUUCAGGAAAAAGGCAAAAACAACCAAGAAAAUUGUACUAAGGAUGGAAUGCACCGAGUGCAAGUACCGAAAACAAAUCCCGCUAAAGCGGUGCAAGCAUUUCGAAUUGGGUGGAGACAAGAAGCGAAAGGGCCAGAUGAUCCAGUUCUAAGUGUUUGUUCGAAUCGUACAUUAAGUGUGUAUUUAACAUAAAUAAAUCUUUAAAAAUGUA